AUGGACCAACCAGCUUCGGCUACCAAUGAUUACACUUUGGGCAAUCCCCAAGAGCCUAUUGAACCGGACAGCACUAGCGACUACGACACCGACAGCGUAGGAUCAGACCUUACCUCGAUAGCAUCUUCAGUCUUCGAAUAUCAAUAUGAAAAUGGUCGACGCUACCAUGCCUACAGAGCUGGAAGAUAUGUUCUACCCAACGAUGAGACAGAACAAGAUCGGCUUGACCUGAUGCACCAUGUCUUUAGAUUGACUCUAAACGGCGGGUUGUGCUUGACACAGCUCGAAAAUCCUCUAAAGAUUCUUGAUGUUGGUACCGGAACCGGAAUCUGGGCUAUCCAGGUAGCGGAUGAAUAUCCUUCAGCACAGGUCAUAGGCACCGAUAUCAGUCCAAUCCAACCAAACUGGGUUCCGCCAAACGUGCAAUUCCAGAUCGACGACGCAGAAACAAACUGGGCAUUUCCGCAAGAUUCCUUCGAUUUCAUACACAUCCGUUGCGGCGGCGGUAGCAUCCGGAACUGGCCUGCCCUCCUUGCACAAGCCUACGACCAUCUCAAACCAGGCGGCAGAAUCGAGCUCAGCGAAGGCCGAACCCGUAUGUGCUGCGACGACGGUACCUACUCACAGGAAAGCUCAACCUACAAAUGGGUCGACACCUUCCACCAAAUCGCCAGAUCCCACGGUCUUGAUUUCGACCCAUUCGACCACUACGCUGGCUGGCUACGACAAGCAGGAUUCGAGAAUGUGAUCGAGGAGGAGCGACCGUGUCCCAUUGGCGGUUGGCCUAAGAACAAGAGGCUGAAGGAGAUUGGUAAGGUAUUCAAGUAUCAGUUCCUCACUAUGGCUGUAGAUAGCUACUCGCUAGCAUUAUUCACGAGGUUAGGCGGCUGGUCUGUAGAGGAGACGCAAGUUCUGUUGGCAGAGGUAAGGUCAGAAUUUGGCCCUAAGCAGAAAGCUCAUCUCUACACGCAUUGUUCAUAUGCGAUUGGUCAGAAGCCAGGAAGAUAA